AUGAGUCCCCUGCCCGCGGGCAACGGCAGCGCCUGGGGGGCGGCCGCGCUGGGCAGCGGCAGCAACUGCAGCGGGGCCGCCAGCCUGAGCCGGCAGUGGGCGGUGGGGGCCGCCCUGAGCCUCACCGUGCUGGUCAUCGUGGCCGGCAACUUGCUGGUCAUCGUGGCCAUCGCCAAGACGCCGCGGCUGCAGACCAUGACCAACGUCUUCAUCACCUCGCUGGCUUGCGCCGACCUCAUCAUGGGCUUGCUGGUGGUGCCGCCGGGGGCCACCAUCCUGCUGAGCGGCCACUGGCCCUACGGGACGAUGGUGUGCGAGCUGUGGACCUCGCUGGAUGUGCUGUGCGUCACGGCCAGCAUCGAGACGCUGUGCGCCAUCGCCGUGGAUCGCUACCUCGCCAUCACGUCGCCGCUGCAGUACGAGGCGCUGGUGACCAAGGGCAGGGCGCGGGCCGUGGUCUGCCUGGUGUGGGCCAUCUCUGCCUUCAUCUCCUUCCUGCCCAUCAUGAACCACUGGUGGCGGGACGGGGCGGACGAGCAGGCGGUGCGCUGCUACGAUGACCCACGCUGCUGCGACUUUGUCACCAACAUGACCUAUGCCAUCAUCUCCUCCACCAUCUCCUUCUACGUGCCCCUGCUUGUCAUGAUCUUUGUCUACGUCCGCGUCUUCGCUGUGGCCACACGGCACAUCCAGCUCAUCGGCAAGGACAAGGUGAGGUUCCUGCAGGAGCCCCCCAGUCCCAGCUCCAGGAGCGGCCGGCGGAGGCGGCCCUCCCGUCUGCUGGCCAUCAAGGAGCACAAGGCGCUCAAGACCCUGGGCAUCAUCAUGGGCACCUUCACGCUCUGCUGGCUGCCCUUCUUCGUGGCCAACAUCAUCAAGGUCUUCUGCCGGCCACUGGUGCCGGAUCAGCUCUUCCUCUUCCUCAACUGGCUGGGCUACGUCAACUCAGCCUUCAACCCCAUCAUCUACUGCCGCAGCCCCGACUUCAGGAGUGCCUUCCGCAAGCUGCUGUGCUGCCCGCGCCGCGCUGACCGCCGGCUCCAUGCCGUCUCGCAGGACCUGCAGCACUGCCCCUGUGCCUUCAGCCCCCAGGAGGGCCUUUCAGAGGACAGCAAGGCAGCGGCCCCUGGGAGCCCCGGGGAGGACGGUGAGGCUCGGGGCAGCGGCAGCAGCAGCCGCUGCAGCAGCCGGACGGAGGAGACCAGCCUGUCCCAGGGCAGCGGCCACCGGCAGCGGCCCCUGGGCGAGUCCCGGCCGCAGGGCACCCAGACCACGCUGUGCUCGCAGCUUGACGAGUUUGCCGGCAGAGAGACGCCAGCAGGUCCUUCCAUCUGA